GCCGGUUCAAGCAUUCGAUUCAGAGACGCAGUCACUCGCAUGCGCAUCUCGAGCUACGACGCGCCCUUCUCGGCCGACGACGUGGACCUGCUCCAUGCGCAGGGCGAGGCCGCCAUGGAGGAUCUUCUGCGCUACGACCUUGCCAAGGCCCACGCGUACACGCGCCUCGGCGACAAGGACAACGUGGCCAUGCUCGAGGCCGACGACGACCAGCUCUACACAGUCAAGGGCUCCGUGACCAUCUAUACGCACCUCGCCGAAGUCCUCGACCUCCUCAACACGCGCCCGCCCGACUACUCGUACGUGCUCUCGCGGCUCCUCGGCGGCCUCCACGCCAUCAAUCGCAUUCUGCAUCCCAAGACGACGGACGCCAAAGGCCGCGGCGCCAUGCUGCCGAGCGACGACGAAGACGCGAUGCUCGUGACGUGGCUCGCCGUGAACGCAGCGACCGAGUCGGCGUCGGCCAAGACCGUCCCGGCGGUGUCGCGCGAAUUCUGCUUCCUCCGCUACUCGGGGUAUUUCAACAGCAAUGAGACCGGCGUCCGGCGCGUGCUGCCCGACGAGCCGCUCUCGCCGACGUCGAUGGCGGUCUCGGUCUGGGACUCGAUCGACUUCCAGCCGGUCUACAUCAACGCGUCGAUCGGGCGACUCGUGCGCUCGGGCUUCAUCCUCCAGCACACACCGUCGACGCCAAACGCGGUCCAGGUGCACUUUUUGCUCUCGUCCAUCGGCGCGCCGGACAAGACGCUCCUCCAGCGCAUCGUGCGGUCGACGCUGUUGAAUUUAGCGCCGACGAUCAUGGAGCUGCGGCUCUUCAAAGACCAGCUGCUGCUCAAGAGCGCGUGGGGCGACGGCAGCAUGUGCACGAUCUGCCUCAAAGCGUUCACGUUCCUCCGCCGAAAGCACCACUGCCGCCUCUGCGGCGACGUGUUUUGCGCCACGUGCUCGAUCGGCCGGAGCCGCCCCGAAAUGGGCGACAGCGUCCGUGUCUGCGCCUCGUGCAUCGAGGGCAACCCCACAAGUAUGGUGCGCGCCUCCGACAAGCUCUUCUCAAUCGCGCACCGCUUCUCGAUCCUCGCGCCGCCACGUCGCAAGUUUGCGGCGCCGUGGCCGCCACGCGACGAACCCGCGCCGACAACGACCAAGCCAUUUGACAUUCCGUCCGGUAGUAGCCACCACCAUGCGCCGCAUGGGAUGACGCAUGGCGACCGCGAGUGGGCGUCGCAGCCGGGGCGCCGGAAGGACCGCCCGGUGCAAGCCCGGGCUGUCGACCCGUUCCGGAAGCAGUCGUUGCCGGACGGACGCAAGCACUCGGUGUCGGCCAAGGACAUCCACAUUGGGUCGGCGCCGCCCGUGGGCAUUGACCCCGUGUUUGAGAAGCGGUUUGACAAGGGUGUCCACCCGCGGAACCACUCGGCGCGACCGGCGCCGUCGCCGACACCCGUGUUCUUAGCCGACCUCUCGUCCGAGGGAACGUCGACGACACCGCACUCGCCGUGGCUUCACGACCGGCGAUCGUCGCCCCAGGACCGGCGGUCGUCGCCCCACUACAUGAGCUACAGCCUUCCACCCGAGUCCCGCUGGAUGCCACCGUCGUCGACACCGACCGAGGACCAUGCGACGCCCGCGUGGUUGCCCACCGAGCCCCCCAACUUGCCGAGCCCGUGGCACGGCCCGACCGACGACGGGUACCUGUACGAAAGCACGGGGUUUGACUACCCGCUCAACUUUCGCAAUGGCAACCCGUGGCCGGACGCGCCCUUGACGACCACCGAAGCGCAGCGGCUCGAGAAAGCCACGGCCCUCGACCUCCUCCGGCGCCGCGACGACAUGGCGCUCUACCUCAAGAUCGCGUGCAAGACGGCGCAGUGCCCGAUCGGCACGCUUUGUGUCGUCGGCGGGUCGGCCGGGCUCCUCCUCGCCAAGAUUGGCGGUGUCUCGAUGGACACGCUGCCUCGUCACAUCAUGCUCGAGUCGCACGCCAUCAUGUCGUCAUCCCCGACGAUCGUGCUCGAUUGCAAGGAAGACCUCCGCUUCGCUUUGAACCCGCUCGUCAACGCCGGCGAAGACGUCGGGAUUCGGUUCUAUCUGGGCAUUCCGCUGACGACGUCCGAUGACGUCGUGCUCGGUGUCCUCUCGCUCGUCGACACCAAGCCCCGCGACCGCGUCCGGAAGGCCGACAUCAAGAGCUUGGUGCAAGUCGCCGACACGAUCAUGGCGCGCAUUCAAGACACGGUCGGGCGAGGGCAUGAGCCGGCACCGGUCGACUUGGACAUUGACUAGAAGCGGCGUUCCCUUUAUUUAAACGACUGUCCCAAAAUCCAGUGGGUGUGAGCAUUGUGCA